CGCUCUGGGGCGGGGCCGCUCCUGCUUCCGAUUCCACCCGCGGGAGUGGCUGCCGUGGCUGCUACAGUGUGUCUGCCGGUUGCCUUGCUCCUUCUCUCUCCGGAUAUGGACCCCCCGGUGAAAGCCGGGACCCUCCUGGUCCAGCAAACGGCGGGGCUCCGCCUGGGCGCCAAGCGCUGGAAGAAGAGCUGGUGCGCCCUCUUCCCGGCUAGUGCGCAUGGCGUGGCCCGCUUGGAGCUCUUCGACUGCAAGGAGGGCUCGCUGGGGAUGGGAGCUGACCCCCGGACGGCUACCAAGCGGGCUGAGAAGAAGACCGUGCGUCUGGCCGAAUGCGUGAGUGUGGCCCCCGCCCCAGAGUGCAGCCCCAAGGAGGGAAUGGCCGCCUUCCGCCUGGAGACCAGCCAGCGCGUCUAUCUCUUGGCCGCCGAGGCCCAGGAAGCAGCCGGGUGGGUGGCCCGCCUCUGCGAGAUCGCUUUCCCGCAGCAGAACCCAUGCCAAGGGUCCCAGCUGGCAGCCAACCAGGCCGGAGAGCCGCCGUGGGAGAUGGCCACAAAUUCCAUAUAUUACUCCCAAGACGAAGUGAGCGAGUUCUGGGUGACGGCACAGAAGACGGAAGCGGCCGAACGCUGCGGGCUGCACGGACGCUACUUGCUGAAGGCCCCCCGGGAUGGGCUCCUCCUUGUUGACCCCUGCUCCGGCCGGACCCUCUACUCCUGGCCCUACCGCCUCCUCCGCAGAUACGGACGGGACAAGGUGAUGUUCUCCUUUGAGGCGGGCCGGCGCUGCGAGUCAGGUCCUGGCAACUUCACCUUCGAGACGGCUCAGGGCAACGAGAUCUUCCGCCUGGUGGAAGCCGCCAUCCAGUCACAGAAGGCCCAAGCGGAGGAGAACCGGCGUAGCGCGGCCUCCACGGACUCGGUUGAGGGUCCUUCGGCACUGGGCCACCUCCACUCUGCCUUGGCCGCCUCUCUGAGCCUGGACGGGGAGGGUCAGCGGAGGGAGGGGGGUCUGCCACGGAGCGCCUUAGUGAGUAAUACCAGUUCUGUCUCAGUUGCACCAGAGAAGGGCAACGAGGGGUCCAGGACCACCCCAAAGGGACAAGCCUUGAGAGACUCUGCGACCCGCUGCCCACUCCCCAGGCUGCCUGGCCCCCCACUGACUCCCCCCCAGGAAGAGUCCUCCAUCGCCAGCGUGUACUCGGAGCCCCUGGACGUGGUGAGGGGUUCCCUCUCUGGGCCGGACCCCUUGUACGCCGACCCCGUGGACAGCCGCGUCCAGCCGCCAAGCCCUGAAGGACGUUUCUACGAGCAGGUGGGGCACAAGGGGCACAUCUAUGACGAACCCGAGGGGCGGGGGCCGCAACCGCUCCCUGCCCCCAGCGCAACUACCGCCAUCUACGAUGAGGCCCGUCUCCCCUCCGAAGCGUGGAGGACCCAAGGUUUGGAAAGCCCCGCCGGAUAUGAGCUGCCCUACCUGCCCGGCACGGGGGAGUACGCCGUGCCCGCCUUCCAGCAGAAGGGCCGGCUCCCCAAGGCCCCCAAGCCUUGCCCCAUGGCCAAGCCCCCCCGCGGGCACAGGAGCCCCUCCCAGCCGGGCGGCCCCCAGAAGGAAAGUAACCACAAUAACAACAGCAACAACAGUGGUGGCAAUGAGCCCAGCGAACCUGUCUACAGCCAGGUGAGGAAGCCCCUCCGUGGGGCCCGGCCUCCCGGGCAGGAGGAGCAGUCGGUGGACAAGAGCCGCCCGGCCUCCGCCGUAUACGAGGACCUGGGGGAGAUAUGACCCCCAUUCCCCCCCCUCCCCAUUCUCCUGCCUUGUGUUUCCUGCACAUGCACAGAGAGCGCUCACAAAGCUAUUUUUCUAGAGAGUUUUAUUUUGCUAUUAAAGUUUUUUUGCCAUUUUA